CUACUAAACGAAUUUCGAUGAAACUUUACAGUAUUAUUCUUUAUAACCCAGAAUAACAUAGGCUACUAUUAUGUAUUCUGUGAUAUAGGCUAUAAUUUAUGACGAUCUGUGACAAACUAAAUUUCACGCGGGUGUAGCUGCGGGCAAAAGCUAGCGAUUAAUGAAUAUAGAAACAAUACAUGUAUUGCUUCAUUUGAUAAUAUAAUUAUUAAGGUCUUAAUCUAGUACGUUUAUGUCCUCAAAUGAGCAUUCCUGGGAAUUACAAUAAAUUCAACAGAGAACUACUAUUGUAUCUAAGUUCUUAGAUGAAAACAACUAAGAUCAUUGUAUAAAAGUCGCUGUGUAAUAUUUUAGGUAUAAAUGUAAUAAGCUUCAGUUUACUCAAUCUGAAAUUGUAUCAUACUGUAUUAGUCACGAAAUUACCAUUAUUGAUUAAAUACAAAUACUUGUUUGUAGUUACCAAUUAUGCUGAUUGCUAGGAAAUUAAAAUUGAUAUUUAUUCAAAGGUCAGUUUAUUGGAGCAGUUUCAUUAAUUUUAAAAAUUAUUACACCAUGUAUGUUUUGUCACUACGCGCGGUUACCAUAGCGACGCGAUGCACACAAUUUCCUCGACAAAUCGUAUCUUGGCACAAUUUGAUAAAGAAUCAUAUUAGAAUAAAAUCUACUGAACUAAGAAUGGUUCUUAAUCGUUUACGGAUUGCAUAACAGGUGUAGCGGUGGCAAGUUAGAAAAUUGCGUGUUUUCAUCCGUGGGGAAUAAGUCUACUAAAGUCUAAAGUUGCAUCUACCAGAAGUAUGUCACCAAACAAUGUAAUGUGAUUCCAGUGUAAUAAUCGAUUCUGGAUCGUCGGAUAUACCGUCGAGUCACAAUGGUCCGUGUGGACGGCGAGCAUGCGGAGCUGGCGGUGCUGGGGCAGUGAGCGAGGCCGCCGCAGCCGCAGCCAUGAACCGCUACGUGGUGCUGCAGCAGCUGGGCGACGGCACCUACGGCUCCGUGGUGCUGGCGCAGCGCCGCGACUCGGGCGAGAAGGUGGCCAUCAAGCGCAUGAAGCGCAAGUACUACUCCUGGGACGAGGCCAUGAACCUGCGCGAGGUCAAGUCGCUCAAGAAGCUCAACCACGCCAACAUCGUGAAGCUGCGCGAGGUCAUCCGCGAGAACGACACGCUGUACUUCGUGUUCGAGUACAUGCGCGGCAACCUGUACCAGCUGCUGCGCGACGCCGAGCGGCCCUUCGCCGAGCCCGUGCUGCGCAACAUGCUGUACCAGGUGCUGCAGGGCCUGGCGCACAUGCACCGCCACGGCUUCUUCCACCGCGACCUCAAGCCCGAGAACCUGCUGUGCGCCGGGCCCGAGCUCGUCAAGAUCGCCGACCUGGGCCUGGCGCGCGAGGUGCGCUCGCGCCCGCCCUACACCGACUACGUGUCCACGCGCUGGUACCGCGCGCCCGAGGUGCUGCUGCACGACACGCGCUACGGCGCGCCCAUCGACCUGUGGGCGCUGGGCUGCAUCGCCGCCGAGCUCUACACCUGCCGCCCGCUGUUCCCCGGCAACUCCGAGAUCGACCAGCUGCACAAGAUCUGCGCCGUGCUCGGCACGCCCGAGCGCGACGACUGGCCCGAGGGCUUCGCGCUGGCCGACGCGCUGCGCUUCCGCUUCCCGCCCGCCGCCGGCGUGCCGCUGGCGCGCGUCGUGCCCGCCGCCUCGCCGCCCGCGCUGGCGCUGCUGGCCGCGCUGCUGCGCUACCCGCCGCGCGACCGCCCCACGGCGCCGCAGGCGCUCCGGUACCUGCCCCGCUUCAAAACUAACGUGAUUGUUUCGAUUUCGUGCUAUAAUUGUAUGAUGAGAUACAAUAUUUGCUUUCAGAUUCCCAUAUUUCGCAGUGGGCGCCGCUUUAAUUCUUCCACCACCGGCAUCGAGAGCCCGACGGAGUGGCUCCCGGGCGGAGGCCGAAAACGCGCCGCCGAUCAUGCAGCAGCCGGCGCCGCAGCCGCCGCCGCCGGCGCAACCCGCGCCGCUCAUGCGCGACCGCUUUGCCGAUAUACUCGGGGGCGAGGUGGUGCACGAGGCGGAGGCGCGGUCGGAGGCGCGGCGCGGGCGCAGCGUGCUGGGCGCGCUGCAGGUGGCGCCGGCGCCGGCGCCGGGUGCGGCGGCCGCGUACCUGGGCGCCGCUCGCUACGUGGCCGGCGCACGCAUCGACACCUCGCUGUUCCACCCGCUGCCGCUCCGCUCGCAUCACGGUACGAGUACGCAAACAGUACAAGUAGACAGAAGCGACGGCGGUCGGCAGCGGGGCGGCGCGCGUGGACUGGGCGGCCAAGUACCUGCGCUGAAGCGCCCCUCCCAGUUCUUCGAUUGAUCGCGAGAAUUGGGUCGUUCUACUCCAGAGCGUUGACAAAAACUAUUGAAUUUUGACCUUUUUGUAGUGAUGUGAUAAAACGUGAUGUUUAUUCCUGUGGUAUCUUGAGAUACAUGAGUGAUGAGAACUGUAAUUAGAUUGACACGAAAUUCAUAUUAUAAUAAAAAAACAGUUUAAA